UCAGUGACGUCUGUCCGGACGACGUCAUACUCUGGCUUCUCUCAUAUAAAGAGAAAUUGGGUCCCCGAAUCCAGUUUCGAACUGUAGUUGCAAUGGGAGGACCAACGUGGAUUGCUUUCUCUGCUCUUUUCAUCACCGGAGCUUUAUCGGUGUCAAUUGUGAAGCGACAAGUCGAGGGUCAAAACGAUGCUGAACUAUGCAAGGACAGGUCUCCUAGCGACUACUUUCGACUGACAGCAGAGGAUGACUGCAGAGACGUGGUGCGGUGCUCAGUGCAAGGACUUCUGGCUCUCAGGUGUCCUUCUGGUCUGGCCUUCGACAUCGAAAAACAGACAUGCGAUUGGAAAAAUAACGUCAAGAAUUGCGAACAAUUGGAAAAACCCAGAUUAGCUACCCCUCUGCUGGCCACUGAUGAGCCAUUGUGUGAAACCGGCAAGCUGGCUUGCGGAAAUGGCGACUGUAUCGAGAAGGAACUGUUCUGCAAUGGGCUGCCCGACUGCAGCGAUGGAUCUGACGAAAAUGCUUGCACUGUGGACAGGGAUCCCAACAGAGCUCCUCCCUGUGACCAAACCCAGUGUGUUCUCCCCGACUGCUUCUGCUCCCCUGACGGUACUCAGAUCCCAGGCAGACUGGAACCCAGCAGCGUUCCCCAGAUGAUCACCAUCACGUUCGACGACGCCGUCAACAAUAACAACAUCAUCGUUUACGAGAGGAUCUUCAAGGAUGGCCGAAAUAACCCCAACGGAUGCUCCGCCAAGGGAACUUUCUUCGUCUCCCACAAGUACACCAACUACUCAGCUGUCCAGGAAUUGCACAGGAAGGGUCAUGAAAUCGCUACCCACUCUAUCACUCACAGAAACCAAGAGAAGUACUGGACUGAAGCCAGCUUGGACACAUGGGCUAAAGAAAUGGCAGGAGUCAGGCUCAUCUUGGAACGUUUUGCCAACAUCACUGAUAAUUCCAUUGUCGGCGUCCGAUCCCCAUACUUGAGAGUCGGUGGCAACAGCCAGUUUUCCAUGAUGGAAGAACAAGCAUUCUUGUACGAUUCCACCCUCACCGCUCCUCUCAGCAACCCUCCACUCUGGCCGUACACCCUGUAUUUCAGAAUGCCACACAAGUGCCACGGAAACGGACAGAACUGCCCAACCAGGUCCCAUGCCGUCUGGGAAAUGGUGAUGAAUGAGCUGGACAGAAGAGAUGACCCCAACUUCGAUGAAGAACUCGCAGGUUGCGCCAUGGUGGACAGUUGCAGCAAUAUCAUUUCCGGAGAGCAGUUCUAUAACUUCCUCAACCAUAACUUCAACAGACAUUACAAGACAAACAGAGCACCACUAGGUCUUUACUUCCACGCCGGGUGGUUGAGACUGAACCAAGACUACUUGGAUGCCCUCGUCCAGUGGAUGGAUGAAGUCCUCGGAAAGAACGACGUCUAUUUCGUAACCAUGACUCAAGUCCUGCAAUGGAUGCAGUCACCAACUGAGCUGUCAGGCAUCAGAGACUUCGCACCCUGGAAAGAAAAGUGCGAUGUCAAGGGUCAAGCUUACUGCUCACUGCCCAACGCUUGCCCACUGACCUCUCGAGAAUUGCCAGGAGAGACCAUUCGACUCCACACAUGUAUGGAAUGCCCCCAGAACUAUCCCUGGAUAGAAGAUCCCACAGGAGAUUACUUCGCCUUCAAGAAAUGAGAACUUCGUAGACUUUUAAGAACUGUUUCUACAAAAUUUAAUGAAGUUGGACAUGCUCCCAUUGGCUAUUACAUUUAAUUUAAAAUUCCAUUAUAUUCUCCCCUCCCUUACAAAAUCCAGUUUUCAUGGAUAAUUAAUUUUGUUUAUAUUAUAGAGUGCAAAGACAUGUCCUUAUAAUUAGGGAAGAGGUUCUUCCUACUAUUUCCCCCCGCCCUCUUAAAAUUGUAAAAUGGGUGUUAUGUUGUAAUAAUUUCUGUAAUCUGUGAAUUUGUAGUAUAUGGCGUCAUAACACAUAACAUCUAUUUUAUUGGAAACCGAAUCAAACUCUAACGUUAAGUCUUUUAUUCAAAGCAUUCCGCAGAUGCCAAAGUGGUUCCACCACUACUUGAAUGUAAAUAAACUUGUCCUAGUGUAGAGAAAUAUGUAAUGUAUUCAUCAACCAAGUCAGAGAUGCAAUUUUACCUGAUGAAAGUUUAAUGCAUAAUUACACCACGUCUAGGAAUUAACACUGUGAUUAUUUUUUUUGUGUCCACCAUAAGUUAAUUUUCAAUAUAAUUCGUAAUGAAUAGUAGAUCUUUUAAAAAAUUGCUUAUCAUACAUGAAUUAUAGCAUAUUUCAAUUAUUUUUUAACUAUUUGUUAAUUAAUUCAGUAAUUAAAAGUUAAACUUGUACUGUAUGGAUGUACCAUUAUAUAUCAAAUUUCAUCUCAGUGACAUUAUAUCCAGGAAUUUUAUAAUUUCGAUAAUCAAUCUAACUAUAAACAGCCAGACAAAGAAUCAAUAAAACAUUGAAAUGAAUUGGGAUGAAUUUAAAUAAAGGAAACCAUCGUAAAAUUAAGUCAUAUAAAAUGAUUUUUUCCCAACAAUAUCACCAGCAAACACCAUUUUAGUUCAUAUUAUUAUAUCAUCCAUCGGUACGAUUUUUUAAAGCAAAAUCUAAAUUCAGUAAAAAUUAAAACUGAAGAUAUGUAGCUAUGAUAUCGCUACAUAAAAGAUCUCAUAAUAAUGCUUCACUAUUUUAAUCAAUAUGCGAUUUUUGUAAAAACCAAUAAAUAGAUUUCAGGAGAUGUGCACUUUUAAAAAGAAGCAUCUCCCCAUUGUUCAGAUGCAGCUUCCAGCCAAGCAAUUGCAUCAUUUUAUUUAAAUUUCGAGAUUUCUGCUUCCGUACAACCUGUAUCUGUACAUAUGCGUUGUCUGAAUGGUUCCUACAAACUGGCAGAAAAGUGUGAGAUCAGUGGCUGAUAUUUUUGCUAUAAUAAAACGUACUUUUGUUCUA